CUAAUUUUUACCUUUUUAUUUCCCAGGAUCCCGUUCUAUUCUAGAAGACACAUGGACUAAAAGAAAUAGGGGCACCAGGUGAGGCCCUCUGGCUGUCCUCUCUGCUGAGACCUGACUGCUGAUUGGAGCCGGCCUGGUGUUCGUAUAGGUGUGUGUGAGGAGAUGAAGUCCAGUAUGCGUCAGUGGCGGAGGCUGGUGUUGGUGGGCAUGUUGGCAUGGGCCCUCCUCUUCCUGGUUCUGCUAUCCUACUUCCUAGAUGCCCGCGUGGACAACGAGGCCCUGACCUCCGCCGGCUCUUCACUCUCCCAGCAUCCUGACACACGGCGCUUGUCUUCCAUCCAAGCCGCCUCCCACCAGCAGCACCACUCCAUCAUGGGCUCCCGACCCGAACCCGCCUACACCACCUUUAGCACCAUCUACCCAGACCCUAACUCUAACCAUUACCCAGACUCCGAAGCAGAGCCUAGCCCCACUUUCACCACCCCAGAGCCUGGCCUGGAGCUGAGCCAGAGCUCAGACAGCGGUCCCUACGGGACCAGCCAYGAGGGGGAGGGGGGCAGCCGACAGCAGCAGGACUACCUGGACCCCCAGACCCUGGCUGCAUGGUCCUCCUUUGGCACGGAGAAUGUGGGUUCCCACUCCGACCAGGCGGUGACCCGCAGCCGUGAGAGAACCGCCUGGACCCCCUCCGAUGCUGACUGGGGGCCCAACCGAACCAAGCGCAGAUCCUCACGUGAGGACGAAGAGGAGGAGGAGGAGGGGGUUCAGACGAAUAACAGCCACAGGAGGAGGACCACAGUGUGGGGGCGUAGGGGGAAGAGAGAUGGGUGGGGAAAAGAGGAUGAUUUAGAGGAGUACUACUUCUCCAAGUCGGCCUCGGUGGUGCAGCGACUUUGGCGGGGAAGUGUCUCCUCUGGAAUGCUGUCCCCGCGGCUGCAGCGCGCUAUGCGUGACUACCUGAGCGCCAACAAACACCACGUGACCUAUAAAGGAGGCAGACGGGCCGCCCAGAGCUCCAGGGAACUGCUGUGUGAGCUGAAGGACCAGGCCAGGCUGAGAACACUGGACGGGUCCGAGCAGCCCUUCUCCUCGCUGGGCUGGGCCCAUCUGGUGCCGAGCCUGGCCCUGGAGCAACUCUACAGACAGGGGGGCCAGAGGGGCUUCAGGAGCUGUGCUGUGGUGACCUCUGCUGGGGCUAUUCUGCACUCAGGCCUGGGGAAGGAGAUCGAUUCCCAUGAUGCAGUUCUGCGGUUCAACGCUGCGCCUACAGAGGGCUACGUGAGAGAUGUGGGGAACAAGACCACCAUCCGCAUCAUCAACUCACAGAUCCUGGCCAAUCCCAAGAACCGCUUCAACACCAGCUCCCUGUAUAAGAAGGUGACUCUGGUGGCCUGGGACCCUGCUCCGUACGCUGUCAACCUGCACAAGUGGUAUGCCAGUCCAGACUAUAACCUGUUCAGUCCAUAUGUGGAGCACCGGCGGUUCCACCCCACCCAGCCCUUCUACGUCCUCCACCCCAAAUAUGUGUGGCAGCUCUGGGACGUCAUCCAGGGCAACACCCAGGAGACCAUCCAGCCCAACCCACCCUCCUCAGGGUUCAUAGGCAUCCUUCUGAUGAUGGCGCUGUGUGAAGAGGUCCACGUGUACGAGUACAUCCCCUCGCUGCGACAGACAGACCUGUGCCACUACCACGAGCGCUACUACGAUGCAGCCUGCACCCUGGGGGCGUACCACCCACUGCUUUACGAGAAGAGCCUGGUGCAGCGCAUCAACACAGGCCCCGAGCGAGACCUGAAGAGGAAGGGCCGCGUCACCCUCCCUGGCUUCAGCACCGUCAACUGUGACCUCUGAACUAUCAACUUAUGAAAUCUGACCCUUAAAAGAAGCCACAUGUGGAACCACCACAACCCCACAGGACAAAGGGAAAACAGUGCAAUAAUAACCCUCUGACCUCUGGGGGAACUCGGAGGGAACCACGUAGAACAGUCGAGAACCCAAGCCAUAGCCCCUCUGUGUGGGAUGGGAUCAAACCGGAGGGUGAAGGUCUAGUAUAACUACAUUUAUUUCAGGACCUUUGAACAGAACCCAGAUGGGGUGAAACCCAGCCUUCCUUAGAGGAUAAUGGACCCAAGACGGCCUGAAGUGACUAUCUCCCGAUCUCUGCCAUUGCUGAGCCGGAAGAGAAGAGAGCUGUAUAGUGUAGCAAUAGAUUAGUGUUAUUAGAUUCGUUUUUUGUUUAUAUACAGUACCAGUCAAAAGUUGGACUCAACUACUCAUUACAGGGUUUUUCUUUAUUUGUACUA